AUGGCGCCUAGAAGUCCCCUUCCUCUUUCUGCUGAAUGGCGGGAUCCCGACGAAUAUGUCCAGGCACUUCUUUCCUUUGCGACUGAGUCGGUCAUGUUCAUCAACCUUUGCGGUGGGGUGCAUAUUCUCGAUUUUUUGACGCGCGAACCCGAUCUAUAUGCGACACUACUGCCAGAGGAUUGGAGAGCAUUCUUUGGUCAACAUGAUAUCCAUAGCAUCUUGCAAUUGCUCCUACGAGAAGAUAUCAGCCCACUUUGCGAAAGCGCAGAAACGAACAACAGAACCUGGAACGGCGGCGCAUUCCCACCUGCAAGCCUCCUCGAAUACAUUCGCAAUGUCCGCCGUCUCAGUCUCCUCCGUGAUUUUACUCCAGACCCGAAGAACAACGAACGCCUCCCGAGGCAUGUUGCAGUUGGGAUGAACAAGAAAAAGACUCAUGAGGUCGAGCAAUUCUCCCGUUACGUCGCCUCUUUGUCGGAUACCGUGAAUGAGCGUCGUGGGGAACCGCUGUCUCACAUUGUGGAUUUUGGAUCUGGGCAAAACUAUCUGGGGCGCACGCUGGCUAGCGCGCCGUAUCAUAAGCACAUCAUUGCCAUUGAGCGUAAGCACCAGUAUAUCAGUGGUGCUAACCGUAUGGAUGUCCAUGCUCGGCUCGCCAAGCAAGAAAAGAAGAAGACCAUGUACAUCAAGAAGCAGAGGAAGAAGUGCAUCGACUGUACCGACCCUCCGGAGCUGGGAGAGAAGGUCGACCUUCCUAAAACAGAAAUGGAGAAUCCGACUGAGGAUGUGCCAGAGAAGCCAACUGAGGAUGAUGAUAAUGAAAACACCGUCGUGCUGAGCGAGAUGAGCUUAGAGCCCGAUGAUGUCGUCGUUCCUUUCGAGAAGCCGCGGCCUCAUAUUCCAAAACCCCCACCAGAGAUUGACACCCGCGGACACGUCAGCUACAUUGAGCACGAAAUUCAAGAUGGCUACCUCGAACCCAUCAUCGACCAUGUCGUCGACCCAAAGACACCAGCCGAGAAUGGAACCGAGGCAGAAGUCACCCAACCCGAAAAGGAACCAAGCGACGCCCGAGUCAUGGUGGUCUCCCUACACUCAUGCGGAAACCUCGUCCACCACGGCGUCCGCUCCCUAGUCCUCAACCCGUCUGUAGUAGCAAUCGCCAUGAUAGGCUGCUGCUACAACCUCCUCACCGAGCGCCUAGGACCAGCAACCUACAAACUCCCCAACCUACGACCCCUCCACCCCCGCCUCAAACAAACAGGCGGCUCCUAUGACCCCCACGGCUUCCCCAUGUCGAAGCUCUACGAAGACUACGAAUCCGACACAAUCAAAGGAAUGAAACUAAACAUCACUGCCCGCUCAAUGGGCGUCCAAGCCCCCUACAACUGGGGCUACGCAGACAGCGAAGGCUUCUUCACGCGCCACUUCUACCGCGCCCUCCUGCAACGCGUCCUCGUCGACCGCGGCGUCGUCCCAAAACCAGAUAUCCCUCAAGACCUGUACAAUGACGACGAGUCUCAAAUCGCCCUAAUCGUCGGCUCACUCCGCAAAGCAGCCUUCGAAUCAUUUACUGCAUAUGUCCGCGCUGCAACGGUCAAGCUAAGCCGGGAUCCGACUCGUGGCGAGCUGGUUAAGGAGCGGAUUAGUAUUAUGUCUGAUGAGGAAUUGGAGCGCUAUGAAGUGGAGUAUCUGCAUACCCGCAAGAACCUGAGUGUGGUGUGGAGUCUUAUGGCGUUUAGUGCGCAGGUUGUGGAGGCUGUUAUUGUUGUUGAUCGUUGGCAGUUCUUGCGGGAACAUGAUUCUGUUAAGGAGUGUUGGGUUGAGCCUGUUUUUGAGUAUGGGGAGAGUCCUAGGAAUUUGGCAGUUAUUGGUAUCAAAAAGUGA